AUGCUUAGCAGAAGUGCUUUAGAGAUGGAGAAACUGGAACUACAGACCGAGGUAUCAAGUCUCAAACUAAAGCUAGCUGCUACAGAGGGGGAUUGCAGAGAAAGUGAGGGUUUUUAUCAGGAUGUAAAAGACAUGCGCCUUCAGUUGACUUCUAUGGAGGACGAGAGACAAGAGUAUGAGAGAAGUCUUAACUCUACCAAAGAGGAAUUGAUAUCACUACAAAAGCAGUUGGAGGAGAGAGAACAGGCACUUAGAAGAUUUCAGGACCAGGCCAUGUCAGAAACCCCAAACACAGAACAGUCACAAAGCAGAGAGAAAGACAUGGAGGUGCAGAGAAUGAGGAGUGCUGUUGAGUCUUUGAAGACAGCUAAUGAAGAGAAGGAUUUGAAGAUAAAAGAGCUGCAGCAGUCUCUGAUCCGUUUCAAGCGAGUGCAGGAUAUGGUGUCGUCUGUGCAGGCAUCAAAAGACCAAACCAGGGAUGAGGACACAAGAGAAGGGCUGUGUGACACCGAGAUGGUCUCCACAGGAGGCACAGAGGAAACCGAUGAACCUCAGCUCAUUCCAUGUUCAGAGCUGCCCCCUGAAGUGACCACACACAAACCUGCAGCUGAGACCACCGACAGUGUCUCUGAAGUACAGCAGCCUGAAAGGUCUCGUUUGACAAGCAAUAAUGAGGAUGAAGCCAGUAAAAAUGGAGGCUCUCCAUCCAUCUCCCCGACUGAGAAUUUUGGCUCUAAAAAAACACGUUCCUCUUUCGGACGUGGCUUUUUUAAGAUCAGAGGCAACAAGAUGUCAAGCACCGCUCCCAAUCUGAUUGAAGGAGAGCGUAAGGGGACUGAGCACUUGGAUUUGGCCGGGUUGCAAACUCAGAAGCCGAAAGCACUAGAGACAUACUCGCCCGAAGGAAAGAAGAAAUCAAAGGGGAUCAUGAAGUUAUUUGGAAGAAUGAAGAGAAGUCAGUCCACCUCUGACGACCUGGACGAUUCUCCCGAGUCAGCGUUUCGGAGAGGGGGAGUUCGAGCCACAGCGGGACCCAGACUGGGCUGGUCACGUGAUAUGCAGCGAAGCAAUAACAAUGAGCUGGACAGCCCAUUUUCACGCUGGAGUAAAGAGCAGGUGUGCGUUUGGCUGCAGAACCAGGGACUGGACUUGUAUGUAAAUCAAGCUCAGCAGUGCAUCAGCUCUGGACAGACAUUAUUAAAGGCGUCUCCGCAUGAUUUGGAAAAGGACAUGGGCAUCCGGCAUCCUCUACACAGAAAGAAACUGCAGCUGGCUCUUCAGUCACUGGGCUCCGAGGAGGAAGAUGCCAUGGGUAAACUGGACUACAACUGGGUUACUCGAUGGCUGGAUGACAUCGGCCUACCUCAGUAUAAAUCUCAGUUUGAUGAGGGCAGAGUGGAUGGGCGCAUGCUUCACUAUAUGACUGUGGAUGACCUGUUGGGACUGAAAGUGGGCAGUGUUCUUCACCAUCUCAGUAUUAAGAGAGCCAUUCAGGUGCUACGCAUCAACUGCUAUGACCCCAGCUGCCUCCGUCGCCGACCAACGGAGAAUAAUCCCACGCCAGCAGAAAUCUGUCAAUGGACCAAUCACAGAGUGAUGGAGUGGCUUCGUUCAGUGGAUCUAGCGGAGUAUGCACCCAACCUGAGAGGAAGUGGAGUCCACGGAGGCCUAAUGGUUUUAGAGCCUCGCUUCAAUGUUGAGACAAUGGCUCUGCUUCUUAACAUCCCACCAAAUAAAACUCUGUUGAGACGUCACCUUGCAACCAACUUCCAUCUUCUGAUUGGCUCAGAGGCACAAAGGCUGAAGCAGGAGCAUCUUGAAAACCCAGAUUACACUGUCCUGACAGCUACAGCCAAAGUCAAGCCAAGACGUCUGUCAUUUGGAAGUUUCGGGACAUUGAGACGGAAGCGACAGGAGGAGAUGGAAGAGUAUGUUUGCCCCAUGGAUGUGCAGAUGCCUAAGAGCAGUAGUUUCAAUAAAGGCCUUUGCGUUUACGAGGACGGCUUGGAUCAGCUGGAGCAGAUGGAGGACUCUGAAGGAACCGUGCAACAGAUUGGCGCAUUCUCGGAAGGAAUCAACAACCUGACUAGCAUGCUAAAAGAGGAGGAGUUCUUCAUGGAAGCAUCGUCCCGUUCACCUGAAACCAGCACCAUAGAUGACAACUAAGAAUGUUUGAACUUGACUAAGUCUGUAGCUGUGAAAGUUACUGUGAUUUCAGUAUGAAAGCAAUAAGCUCAGCUCACAGUGAAACUCAAAAUGAUUACACAGUACAUGCAAUAGAAUAUUAAUUCAGUUAAAUGCUAUUUAUUCGUUUAGGAUCUACAGUAACUGAAACAGUAUUUUUAAGUGUUUGCACCAAGCUAAAAACCAAAGACGACAAAUCAAAAUGGCAGUUAGUUCUUAAUGAUUUUAAUUGUCUUUUAUACUAGGCUAUAUAUUCUUAUGUGACCGUUCACUGCAUGUUUUCACCCUUUUCUAGUUGGACGUUUACAUGAUUUUAUUGGGAGGGAAAAUUUAUAUUUUUGCCUGCAAAAACUUGAUAUUGUUAUACUAUAACCAUAUCAGUGAAUACCAUGUACUAUGUACUGUUUUAUGCAUGUAAGUCAAAGAAAUUCCAUUAAAACUAUUUUUUUUUCUGAAUCCAA